AUAUUGCUUACCUUUUUAUUACUACCAAUACGAAUGAGCCUGGAGUUUUUAGUUAGACUUGUUUAGAGAAAAUACCGUGCUUAGUCGUCUUCUACUUUGUACAAAUGAGAAAAAAGUUUGUUUUCAUCACAAGGUUUGCUUCAACAAAUGUGUCAGACGACUUUUCAUCGUUUCCGGUUUACCAUUGUAGUUAUUUCUACAUAAUAAUCGUCCUAAUUGUCUUUCUCGUUCCAUAUGUGCCUUGUGAGCAGGUUGUUACGCCGGAAGUGUCGAUUUAUGACGAAACACCAGAUGCACACACUGGCAGAGUUGUUUAUCUUGAGAAUAAAACUGUUUUAAUAAACGGUUUAGUAGGAGAAAAAGUUAUUAUACAGUGUAACGUCUUUAAUAUGCCUCGUGGAGCUAGGAUAUUUUGGCGGAGAGACAGCUUAUCGGGGGAUGAAGUUUCGGAAGUAAUAAACGAUGGUCUCAUGUCCCGUGAUAUGUCUAGGUGGGAAAUUGGCCAAGGAAAGCAGCAAGACUCUGUUCGUUUAGAAAUCAUGUCUUUGGACAAAUCAUAUGAAGGUAAAUAUACGUGUGAAUGUCAAUACACUGGGUCUGUGGAACCGGCAAGAGUUCAUAGAAUUCUACGUGUGUUUGCAAAACCAAACAUCGUUCGACAUAUGUCAUCUUAUGAUACAGAUGCAGAUUCUGGUGACCCAGUUUCAUUGCACUGUAAUGCAGAUGGUAUCCCACCACCAUUUAUCUAUUGGAGACGUACGGCUGGAGCGAGUAGUAUAAUACGCAAUUUCGGUACUGUGAAAAGUGGAAAUGUAAUCAAAUUUGAUCAGGUUGAAGCUGACGAUGCUGGUGAGUAUAUGUGCUAUGCUGAGAAUUCUAUGGGUCGAGCACUGUGGCGCGUUCGAUUGCAAGUUAGGCAUGCACCAAUUGUUCGAAUAUUCCCUGUUGAACCAUUUCAAAAAUCUGGUUGUAAUCUACGAUUAAUAUGUUUAAUUGAUGCUAAUCCUCCAGUAGAACAACAUGCUUGUCAAUGGAUAUCAAAUCGAACAGGCACUAUUACUUCAGGAUCUGUUGGAACAAGAUUAACCUAUUUAAAUGCUGGAUUAAUACGUGAUCUCGUUCUGGAUUUGACACCAAUAAAAAAACUAGAUUUUGGUGAUCUUUAUACAUGUACUGCAUCGAAUAGUUUAGGUACCGUCAGUGCUACCACAAUGAUUGCAGAAUCCUUCACUGAAGUACCACUUAUCAAUGGUAGAUAUGCUUGUAAUCAUGCUGUAAAUUGGAUUCAUAUAAAUGCAUAUUUAUUUAUAAGUAUUCAAUGUUUCAAUCUGUUAUUCAUAAAUGGAUUAUUUUAAAAUAAACAAAAAGAAGAGAAUGUUAUGUUUGUAUUUUUUUUUCACUUCUCAUAACCUUACUACUUACUACUUUUAACACUACUACUACAACUACUAUUUGUUUUUUGUAUUUUAUAUGACAAUGAUUCUAACAUUGAUGAAUUGACUAAUAAGUAGUAUCGUGAAGUUUAAGUAAAUUUUGUCUACUAUUUAAUUGAUCAUGAUUUUUUUUGUAUGUUCGAAUAAUUGUAAUAAAUUCUUUUUUUUUCUACUGUUGUUCUUGUUGUCAAGGUUUAUACAACAGUCUGUUUACUUUACUUUUUUUGUUUGUAAAUUUCACGAGAAAUAUUACAUAACUAUGU